GUGCUGUUCGUGUGUCUAUGCUGCGGCGCCGCGGUGCUCGUCUACUUCAUCCUGGAGGCCUUCCUGCGGCCACUGCUGUGGGCCGUGCUGUGCGGCACCUUCCUGCACCCCUUCAAGAGCUCGCUGACGCGCCUGGGCCGCCACUGGCUGCGGCGCCUACACCGCGCGCACACGCCCAUCGUGCUGGCGGCUCUGCUCUUGCCGCUCUGCUUUGCCGACUACGGCGUGGAGGCCCUGGGCGAGCAGGCGCUGCGCCGCCGCCGCCUGCUGCUGCUGCUCGGCGCCGGCGUCCCGCUCCUCUACGGCCUCUACAGCAUCGGCAGCUACCUGGGCAUCCAGGUGCUGCUGGCGUACUGCGGCGCUCUCAUCUGCCGCGCGCUGGACUACUUCAGCAGCCUGUGGAUUUGGACUUUGGUAGUUGGCUACGUGUUGACUGUUUCUUUCAAGUGGAAUGCAAGCACUGAACACUAUUUGAGAGCAGCUUCAAUUCCUGUCUGGAUUAUAUUGCUUUUUCAUUUAGCAUCCCUGGCUGGCUCAUGGAGAAUUCCAGUAUUCCUGGUUAUUGUUUUCCUGAUAUCUGUGGGCACCCUCUAUGAAAAACAGAAUGGAAAAGAGCCUUCUGGGGCAGAGUUACCUGGCCAGGUUAUCUCCAUGGCAGCUUCUACCCUGGCAAACUUGGCCAUCUCUAUCACUGGGUAUGAAUCAAGCAGUGAAGACCAGCCCUCGACUCAGCCUGGAGAAAACACGAACAGGGAAGAACCCCCUCCUACCUCAUCCUCUUCUCCUUCACCCUCAUCCCCUUCACCCACUCUCAGCAGACGAAGGCCUGAAAUGGGGACGUUUCUUAGAAAGAAGAAAACGAGCGAUGUCUACUUUGUGUGUCUGGUUUGGGCCAUCAUCGGCGUCCAGGUCUGGUUGAACCUGUGGAUCGUGCAGUUGCUGCCCGUGCCUAUUGCAGUCUGGAUACUCAAAAAGCUUGUCAUUCAUUUUGGAGUCGUGAACUUCCUAGAGAAGCGCUGCCGCCUGUGGUGGCAGGUCAUAGACCACUUCCUGAAGGAGCGGCAGGAAGCCCUGGCCCCCUGGCCAAUCAUUGGCAUCGGGAAAUUCUUAUUAAAAGUUGAUAGCAAGCUCUGGCACUGGCUAAAUAAGAAGAUGAUCAUCUGGUUGGAGAAGAUGUUAGACAAAAUAAUUAGCAUUUUCAUCAUAUUUUUGUUAGUGAUAGGAACACUUCUUUUAGCCCUACUCCUAACUGCAAAGGUACAUCAAGAAAGUGUACACAUGAUUGAAGUCACAAGCAGUUUGAUUAAUGAAACUCUAGCAAAUCACCCUGAGUGGGCAAACUGGCUUCCUGAGGCUCAGGUAGUCCAAAGAGCCCUCAAUUCUGCAGCUAACAAUGUGUACCAAUAUGGACGAGAAUGGAUAACUCACAAGCUUCAUAAAAUUCUUGGUGAUAAGAUGAACAAUACUGCUGUGAUUGAAAAGCAAGUACUAGAACUUUGGGACAGACUGUAUCAUUCUUGGUUUGUAAAGAAUGUCACGCACUUGGGGAGACACAAAGGACACAAGAUGCACAUAAGUCGCCAGAACAGCUGGCUGGGAGACAUCCUGGACUGGCAGGACAUUGCUUCCUUCGUUCACGAGAACAUCGAAACGUUUCUUUCGAUCUUAGAGUCUCUGUGGAUUGUUAUGAGCCGCAACGUGAGCCUGCUCUUUACCACUGUCACGACGCUCCUAACCAUUGUCUUCUACAGUGGGACCGCCCUUCUCAAUUUUGUGUUGUCUCUGAUAAUUUUCCUGACCACACUAUUUUAUCUAUUAAGUUCCAGUGAUGAAUACUAUAAGCCAGUGAAGUGGGUGAUAAGUCUGACACCACUCUCUCAGCCUGGUCCUUCCUCUAAUAUUAUUGGCCAGUCUGUGGAAGAAGCUAUCAGAGGGGUGUUUGAUGCUUCCCUCAAAAUGGCUGGCUUCUAUGGAUUGUAUACCUGGCUGACUCAUACUAUAUUUGGCAUCAAUAUUGUCUUCAUACCAUCAGCUUUAGCAGCAAUCCUUGGAGCAGUGCCAUUUCUGGGGACAUACUGGGCAGCCGUACCUGCAGUGCUAGACCUGUGGCUUACACAGGGUUUAGGGUGCAAAGCCAUCUUACUCUUGAUUUUCCAUCUCUUACCAACAUACUUUGUAGAUACUGCCAUCUAUUCUGAUAUAUCAGGAGGUGGCCAUCCUUACCUGACCGGCUUGGCAGUGGCUGGUGGGGCAUAUUACCUCGGCCUGGAGGGAGCAAUCAUUGGGCCCAUACUUCUCUGCAUACUUGUAGUUGCUUCCAAUAUCUAUCGUGCCAUGCUUGUGAGUCCCACAAACUCAAUGCCCACGCCCAGCCAGACACCAUGGCCUGCUCAUACUCAGCGGACUUUCCGGGACAUUUCUGAAGAUCUGAAAUCUUCAAUAGACUGAACUUGUUCUCACCAAAAUGAUUUCUCUUAGGAAGUUCAGCCUUGACAGUGAGUCCAGCUCAGCUAUGGCCUUUUGUCCUAUCAGCUGUGCCUGGCAAGCAGAGCCCAGGGAAGAAGUAGAAGCAGCCUGGCCUCCCAUACCUGAAUGCCUGGACAAGAAAGGACUCGCUGUGGGCUGCUUUGCAUUUUAAAGCACUACUAAGCUCACAUUUGUGGUUUGCUCACUUAACUGUUGCUAAGGUGGUGUGAAAAGUUUUGGUUUAUACACUGGUACCAUGGCUUGACAUUUUACUUUGGUUACCUAUAUUACUGUAAUAUAUAUUUAUAGUUAUUUUUAAGAGCCCUGUACAGUCUGCCGUUAAAAGUAUACACCAUGUAAUUUUCUUUGCUUUAAGAAGUCUGUCUUAAACUUUUAUGACAGUCACUUCUUAAUGAAGAGGGCUUCCACUUUUGAGUGUCUAGUUGUUUGAGCUGGAAAAAGUGAUUCUUCUGUCCUCCUCCUACAAGCUAUGGUCUUCUCUGUAAGAUAGAAUGACUUUAAGUGUAAGAGUGGAUGGAUUAUAUGAAACUAGGUUGGCCUCAGUGGUGGCUGCAGGAAACACAAAGUCUGACACUCUUCCUCUCCUUGCUCCACUCCCUGUCCCCCAUUACACUAUUGCCAAAUUUUGAAUACUUGACACACCACACUGAAGUAAAAUAAUUAUGAAGCUGCUAUUUAUGGUAACAAUAUAAUGGGACUCAUGUUGUGAUUAACUUUUUCUUUCCAAAUAUUUUAAGUAAGAAAUCUCAGGUGUAGUCGUACUCUAAUUUUUUUCUUGUGUAUUCUUAUUUCAUUAUUUGGAAUUCUGCCAGGUAGUACUUAUUAGCAGUAGGUUUUUAUAUUUAAGUGGUAUUUUUCCAUUCCUUAGCACAGUGCCUUGCACAGAUGACUCUAGAUGAAUGCUUAGUGAAUUAAAUUGUGACUUUUCAAAUAUCCCAGCUUUCAGAACAACCAGUGUACUGCUUUACAUUUGACAUCUGUUUGCACUGUUGUUUCACAACCGCUUUACCCCAGCUCACAUAGAGCUUUAUAUUAUUUUACUACAGUUUCACUCAGAUGGGGACACUUAAAUUCAGAAAUGGCCUACUCAGUGUCAUCAAGUUUAAUAAUAUUGGUGUCAAAUCUUUGUGACUCCAUAGUUUGCAGAUUCUGUAUAGUAGUGUUCCUUCUAAUAUCUUAUGCAGUGUCCCCAGGGUUGAGAUAGGAUAGGUGUUGCUGUCCACUUGUUAAUGAAUUAUGAUUGGUUCUACACUUAAUGACAGGGUUUGGACUAGAAUCCCACUUUGUGCUCUUUCCUCCAUAUUUAACAAUCAUCAGACUCUUUGCUCCAAGGGAAUAUGAAGGGGCAAGGGUUUUAAGUAUCAAAGACAACCCUUUUGGAAAACCUUUAAAAGCAGAAAUCAUUUUUUUCUAAAAGGUCUUCUCACUGAGAAUCACAAUUAGUGAUAAUUAACUUAAAUUGAUGCUGAUAAUACCUAAGAAAACCACCUAGAAAAGUGGUUAUUGUGAGGUCUCUGUUUCUGUAGUAGACUACUUGUAGAGCUCUUGUUUUUACCACAAAUCCUUCAACAGUUAACUGAUACACAACCCCAGAUAAUAUUUGGUCUAGAAGUAACUCAUCACUUCUUUAGUUAUUCAGUUAUUCCUUCAGUGAAACAUUUACUGACAGUUUCCCAGACUGUUCAGUGUUGUAGGCUAUAAUUCAGAAGGAGGCUUUCUUUCACCUUAAAUCUUAGCCAGAUCAUGUAUAUUGUUAAAAUGAAAAAUAUUAUAUUAAAAAAGCAAUCAGGUUUGUUUUUGUUAAUUAUAUAUUGGCAGGUUUAUAGCUGUAAUUAGCACAUAUUUAUAACAGGCAAAUAAAAACACAGUGGGUCUGUGUACCUAUACAAAUUAUGUUCCUCUCAAAUGCUUUUAUCUGUAUGAAGUGACAUUGUAAAAAACUAGGUUUGAGCUAUUGUAUGACUAUUGUUGGUCAUAAUUAUUAAUAUGAAUACCAGGAGAACUCCGAGUCCCCCCAAAAUAGUUUAGAGCUGCCAAAAUUAGCAGUAGGGUAACAUCACUCUGACGUCUCGGGGUCAGAGGUGCCCCCAGAGUACUCCACUGCCCUGAUGAGGAAACCUGAACGGGCCCAAUACUCCUGAAACUGUGUAAAGACGCAGGACAGAAAGAAACAUGCCCCCACCAGGUCUUCCUAGUACCUUGAGGUCCCACUUUUGUUGUGUUUAGCAUUUCGGGGAAGAAAUAUUCAUAAAUUCAAGCCAUGAGGGUUUUGAUUAAAGCAAGUAAAUGUUAAGGAAGUUAUCCAGAGAGUUCAGUUUCAUUAUAGGAAAAAACUUCCUAGAACUUUCAAGGAGGCUGAACUACAACCUCCUUCAAAGGUCUUACAAGACCUUUAUGUGAGUGUUACAGUGGAAAUAGCCUCUGGCAGCACACUUCCAAGUGCUGAUUGUAGCUAAGAAAGAGUUCUUUUUUGUUUUUAUUUAUUUUCAUGUUUUGCCAUAGAAUAUGUUUACUAACUUACUGAAGACCUGGGAAAAAAAAUACUUAGUGGCUAUUGCAAGCCACCAAGUAGAUAUUUUUUGGUUGCUUAAAAAUAAUCAAGAGAAUUAUAUAUCAAGAUGUUCUGUCUGUCUGCCUGAGUCAUAGAUGUUUGUGCUAGAGAGGUCUUUGUGUAGUUAGUUUGAUCCUGUCAUUUUCUGGGGAAGGAAACAAAUCCAUAGGUUAAAAUAACUUUGCUAGCACAUACAGAGCCAGCUAGUGACAGAAUUUAGAGUAGAAUAUAGUUCUUUUUUUCCUCUCAGUCUUUUUUCUACUUCUUUUCCCUUUCCCAUGGUUGCAUAACUUUGGGGAAAUGUAUUCCUUAUAGUAACAGUGUCAAGAUAUGCUAUUAAAUAUUAUAAGAGAACAAAAUUGUAUGUAGAGGGAGAGGACUGCAUGGUUAAUUAAAACUGAAAAAUGUUGAGUCCUUUAUAAGACUUUAAGAGUUUUUAACUUGCCAUCCUAUAUUUUGAAUUUAUAUGACACAAAGACUGUUUACUAGACUUAAUUGACCUUAAACUGCAUCCCUAGCCUCCUUUUCUCAGAGACUCUGAGGGCCACAGGACCUGGGAGACAUGACUAAGUUUACAGCCAUUUUAGAAGAUAUCCUUCAUGGAAAUUCUUUUUGUUAAUUCUUUUCCAUGGUACCACAUAAACUGUAAUAAAUCUCAAAGUUUAGUGAGAUACUAGUAAGAAAACAUUUGCUGUUCAGAGCUAUACGUAAAGUAUAGAGAUUCUUUUCCACCUAUGGUGUGUAAAAUCAGUAUUUGUGUUGAGUUUUGCAAGUUUUUUAAAGAUAAAAUAAUGUGCAGAUAAAGUAGUGAUAUAUUGAUACUAUGUUUUAAUAAUGGUUUUGUAUGGCACUUUAUAGUUUUCAGACUGCUAUCAUAGGCCCUGUUAGGUGAUCAGGUGUUAAGUAUUACCACAUGAAGCACUGGAGACUCAGAAAGUUUUUGUUUUCUCCCUUAAGUUUGUACCACAAAUUAAUGGAGCCAGAAUUCAGUUGCAGGAUUUCUGACUCCAAGUCCAGGAUUCUGGAUUCCAUACCUGGUUUCCUAUUUUUCUUCCAGCUUUUUAUUUUACUAUGAAAGAUGUGGAAACAAAUCUUAAAGUGACAUCUUUUUGUUUAUUAUCAAAUAAUCCUUUUUUUUUUUAUUGUGGUGACCCAGAAAAUGAAAAUUUUAUUAUGGCUAUCCCAAAGAAAUCCCUUCUUUGUAGUGCUGUUUGUUUAGGUGACUAGAGUGCAUUUCCUUAUUUGAUUUUUAAACCACAAGAUUGGAUACAUAGUUGUAAUUGCUUAUAUAACUUUUCUUUUUUAAAAUAUAUCAUCUUUGCAGUCUCAGGCAAAGUAGAGAUGUUUGAAAGUAAAAAAUAAUACAUAUUCUUUAUUCUCACACAAAUGCUUCUUAGCUUUAACUUGCUUUGAUAACCUACUGACAACUUCUUUGUAAAUGUAAAGUAUUUAUAUUUUGAAAUAAAAUUACUAGUGAUG